AUGGAUCCUACGAAGGUGGAAGGCUUAGCCAACUGGCCAACACCUAAGAACGUCAAGCAAGUCCAACAAUUCCUCGGCUUUGGAAACUUCUAUCAACGAUUCAUCCGAGAUUACUCCAAUAUCGCUAAACCACUCAACGACCUCACACGAAAGAACAACAAAUUCGAAUGA